GUAGUACUGGAUGCGAUGGAUCAAUUCUACACCGAGACGAAUUCGAAUGUUCAUCGCUCCGCUCACUUGGCCGCUGAACGGGCCACGGAGGCUCUUGAGCAAUCCCGAGAGACGAUGGCGAAGUUUAUAGGAGCGAAGGGAAUUCGAGGGCUAGUCAUAACAUCGGGGGCGACUGAUGGCCUCAAUAGGUUGGCGGGCAUGGCAUCGAGGAAUGGUCUUCUGGAUGAUGGGAAGGUUUUAGUGACAGAGAUGGAUCAUCAUAGUAAUAUUUUACCAUGGAGCACUGCUUGCCCGAGGACAGAAAUGGUGAGGGUCGAUCGUGAGUCGGCUGAGAUCGACAUGGAGGAUCUUGCUAGUAAGCUCGACGACCAC